AUGUCCUUUUUCGUCGCUUCCUUUCUUUUUCUCCUCUUCCAUUCCAUCUAUUCGGCUCCACCGAAAGGAUCCUUCUUCUGGAGUGAGUUCCGAUCAUCCGAACGCUUUUUCCCAGAAAAGGCUCACUUCUCCCAUCGAGUUGAAGCACUGAAGACCUAUAAAGAUUAGGGUCCGCUCGAAAAUCCUGUCUUGUGUUGUAUUGUCUGGUCCCGAGAUAUUAGCGAAAAGUUUGAUAUAUUGAAACCUAAACAUCUCGGGACCAGAUAAUCCAAACGGCCUGAAUAUUGCCAAUUGGAUCAAAAGUCCAUACUUUGUUGUGUUCCAGCGGAUCGUGAGAUAUCAUGUGUUUCGUACGCCGUCAACCAGACCCGUUGCGUUUUGAAUCACCCGCAAUUGGGUCCCGAACAGAAUCCCGAAUGUUUCGAUGAAGUCGACGAAAACGGAAAGAAGCUGAAGACGUACUGUGCGUUGGGAUGUGAGGAAUCUCUGGAAGCCACUCUGGUACCGUAAUCCUUUCGUUCAAUCCCAUCCGUUUAAUUUCAUUUCAGGUCAAGAAGAUUCCUUCGUCGAGCCGCGCGUGCGUUCAACAUUACACUUAUAAUCUGGAGCGGAAGCGGCAGGAUUGGUUCCUUUGGCGGAACGGUACUUGUCUGGACACGACGAUUCGGUUCCACUUGAUCUGCGGAACUCCGACCAAUCCGAAAGUUUUCUACCGUCAAAACGAGGAGCUUUUCCUUUACGAGGACGCCGUGAACUGA